AUGGGUCAGAACCAAUCUGGCAUGGGCGGUGGCCCUGGCCAGGACGGCAAGGACGAUAAGGACAAGAAGAAGGAGAAGCCCAAGUACGAGCCGCCGCCGCGCCCGACCACCCGUGUCGGCCGCAAGAAGAGAAAGCAAGCUGGUACCAGCGCCGCCGCCAAGCUACCCGCCGUCUUCCCAACCAGCCGCUGCAAGUUGCGUCUACUACGAAUGCAGCGGAUCCACGACCACCUGCUCCUCGAGGAAGAAUACGUCGCCAACCAGGAGCGCCUGCGCAAGGCAAAGGCAGCCAAGGACUCGUCUGGCCCCAGCUCCGACCUCGACGCCGUCGACCGCCUUGCCGAUGAGAGGGGACGUGUGGAUGACAUGCGCGGCAGCCCCAUGGGCGUCGGCAACCUGGAGGAGAUGAUCGACGACGACCAUGCCAUUGUCUCGAGUACGACUGGCCCCGAAUACUACGUCAGCAUCAUGAGCUUCGUCGACAAGGACCUGCUUGAGCCGGGCGCCAGUGUGUUGCUGCAUCAUAAGAGCGUCAGUAUUGUUGGCGUGCUUACAGACGACACCGACCCUCUCGUCAGCGUCAUGAAGCUGGACAAGGCCCCCACGGAGUCAUAUGCCGAUAUUGGUGGUCUCGAACAGCAGAUCCAAGAGGUGCGAGAGUCGGUCGAGUUGCCUCUGCUACACCCCGAGCUCUAUGAGGAGAUGGGUAUCAAGCCACCCAAGGGUGUCAUUCUCUACGGUGCCCCUGGUACAGGAAAGACGCUCCUGGCCAAGGCGGUCGCCAACCAGACAUCUGCCACUUUCCUGCGUAUCGUGGGUAGUGAGCUGAUCCAGAAGUACUUGGGUGAUGGUCCUCGAUUGGUCCGACAGCUGUUCCAGGUUGCCGCCGAAAAUGCUCCAUCUAUCGUCUUCAUCGACGAGAUCGAUGCUAUUGGUACCAAGCGCUACGAAUCCACCUCUGGUGGUGAACGCGAGGUUCAGCGCACCAUGCUUGAGCUUCUCAACCAACUCGACGGUUUCGAUGACCGUGGCGACGUCAAGGUCAUCAUGGCCACCAACAAGAUCGACACUCUGGACCCUGCCCUCAUCCGCCCCGGUCGUAUCGACCGCAAGAUCCUGUUCGAGAACCCCGACCAGAACACCAAGCGCAAGAUCUUCACCCUCCACACUUCCAAGAUGUCGCUUAACGAGGACGUCGAUCUGGAGGAGUUUAUCGCGCAGAAGGACGAUCUCUCCGGUGCCGACAUCAAGGCCAUCUGCUCCGAGGCUGGUCUGAUGGCCCUGCGUGAGCGGCGGAUGCGCGUCCAGAUGGCCGACUUCCGCGCCGCGAGGGAGCGUGUCCUGCGCACGAAGCAGGAGGGUGAGCCGGAGGGUCUGUACUUGUAA